AUGCAAUUGUCAACUGCAGAACUGACAAACCUCACAUUAAUUGAGAUUGAGAAUAUGAUGCAAUCAAAUAGAAGAAGCUUGCGUGAAUUCAAAGAUAUGCCGUUUCCAGAUUUGUAUAUAACGCGACAUGUCAGCAAUAGACUGAUUUUUGAUGAACGUGAUUACGAUGCUGAUUUAGAGCGACAAAACUUCCAGAAUCUAUUUACAUCUCUAACAGAUGAGCAACGUGCAAUCUUUGAAACCAUAAUGGACGCCGUCAAGAAACAAAACGGAGGGGUGUUUUUUUUACAUGGAUACGGCGGAACCGGUAAAACGUUUAUGUGGAGGACAUUAUCAAGUGCACUUCGUUCAGAUAAAAAAAUUGUUCUGGCUGUUGCUUCAAGUGGCAUAGCUUCCUUAUUAUUGACAGGUGGUAGAACAGCCCAUUCGAAGUUCAAAAUUCCCAUUCCAACGCUUGACAACUCUACUUGCAAUGUUGACAAAGACUCUGAGCAUUCACAGUUAUUCGAAGCUACUGAUGUCAUAAUAUGGGACGAAGCACCCAUGACUCAUAAGAAUUGUUUUGAGGCCUUGGAUAAGACCCUUAAGGAUGUCAUGAGCGAUAAGGGUUUUGCAAAUACAAUUUUUGGUGGCAAGGUAGUUAUAUUUGGAGGAGAUUUUCGACAGAUACUUCCAGUUGUUCCAAGAGCAGGCCGUUCUGAUAUUGUUCAUGCUUCCAUUUGUUCUUCUUAUGUGUGGGACUAUUGCCAAGUCUUAACACUAACCAAAAACAUGAGACUAAAGAAUGGGAGGGACAGUACAACUUCUGAUGAACUUGCAGAAUUCUCUAAAUGGAUAUUAAAUGUUGGCGACGGUAAAAUAUGUGAACCUAACGAUGGAUUAGCUGAUAUAGAAAUUCCUCCGGAUUUGUUAAUUUCCAAUUUUGAGGAUCCAAUAAGAGCUAUAGUUGAAAGCACAUACCCAAAUUUGCUUGCCGACUUUCAAAAUGUAGAAUUUCUACAAGGAAAAGCAAUACUUGCUUCAACCAUUGAAGUUGUUGAUAAAAUUAAUCAUUACGUGUUAGACAUGAUACCGGGUGAGGACAAAGAGUAUUUGAGUUUUGAUUCGAUUGAUAGAACUGAUUCAAGUUACACCGAAGCCUAUGAAUGUCUUACUCCAGAAUUUCUUAGCAAGCUUAGGACUUCAGGUGUCCCAAAUCACAAACUCAGAUUAAAGGUUGGUACACCAAGAAUGCUUAUGAGGAAUUUGGACCAAAACGAUGGUUUGUGUAACGGAACUAGACUAAUUGUUACAAGGUUGGCAAAUCACGUUAUUGAGGCAAAGAUCAUGUCUGUUGGAUUGUAUUUGCCUACUCCUGUAUUCAGUCAUGGCCAGUUGUAUGUAGCCAUUUCAAGAGUUACAAGUAAAAGUGGUCUGAAGAUCUUAAUACAUGAUAGUAUAAAUGUAUCAACAUCUAUCACUACAAAUGUUGUAUACAAAGAAGUUUUCCAAUCUCUUUGUUGA